AUGGCACGAGCAGAGAUAGGGUCAGUAAAGUAUCAGUCCAAGAAGCUCAAGGCGUCGGGGCUUCAGAAGUUACGGUACUAUUGUCAAAUUUGUUCUAAACAAUGUCGAGAUGAAAAUGGAUUCAAGAAUCAUGUGGCAAGUCCAAGUCAUCGAGGUAAAGUAUCUACAAUUGAUUCAUCAACCAUUCAAAAUUAUUCAAGUAAAUUUCAAACUGAUUUCCUUAAUCUUUUAAGAGUAAAUCAUGGUACUAAAAGGAUUAAUGCUAAUAAAUUUUAUCAAGAAUAUAUACUUAAUGAUAAGAAUCAUAUUCAUAUGAAUACAACAAAAUGGAAUAGUUUAACAUCAUUUAUAAAACAUUUAGGUCAAGCAGGUUUAGUAAGAGUAGAAAAUGAAAAUCCAAAUCAAGUUGAUGAAUUUAAUUUAGUAAUAACUUUAGUAGAUCAGAAAUUAAAGUAUGAAAAGAAACAACAGGGUCAAUCAUCUAAAUCAAUAAAGAAUGAUGAAGAAUUAUCUAUGAAAUUCAUUAACCAACAGAUAAAGAGAGGUAAGGAGGUUGAAUCUGUUCAAUCUCCAAGUCCUCGAGUUGAACCAGUAAUCAAAGAGCUUGGACCUAUAAAGUUAGCAUUAAAGAGUAGAAGUAAAGGACCAGUAGCGAGACCUUCUGUAUUUGAUAAUGAUGAUGAUUAA